AUGAAUGUCGUCACCCUGAGGAGUGGAAAGCAGUUGGAAGAUCCUCUUACCAAGGAGCCAUCAAGGGAGGUCAUUGAAGAAGUAGGUGCAAGUGAGAAGGAAGUUGACAACUCUAGGGUCCAGGAUGAAUCAAAGGGAGCACCACCAAAGCCACUUGCUCCGUAUGUGCCUAAGGUUCCUUUUCCUCAAAGGUUAGCCCAAGCUAAACUUGAGAAAAAGUUCAGUAAGUUUCUUGAUAUUCUUAAAAAGCUUCAUAUUAAUAUUCCAUUUUUAGAUGCCAUAUUUGAGAUGCCUUCUUAUGUAAAAUUCUUAAAAGAUAUUCUAUCUAACAAGAAAAAGUUAGAAGAGAAUACUACAGUUGCUUUGAAUGCAGAGUGCAGUGCUAUCUUGCAGAACACUCUCCCUAAGAAAUUAGGAGAUCCAGGUAGCUAUUCGAUUCCAGUGAAGCUUGGGGAUAUCGAAAUCAACAGAGCAUUGUGCGAUCUUGGUGCAAGUGUGAGCCUCAUGCCACUAUCCAUAUGCAAGAAGCUGCAAAUGGGUGAACUCAAACCCACACGCAUAUCCCUGCAACUUGCAGACAGGUCAGUGAGGUUUCCUUUGGGUGUACUUGAGGAUGUACCCCUCCGAGUAGGUAAGUUUUUCAUUCCCUGUGAUUUUGUUGUGAUGGAGAUGGAUGAAGAUGUGAAUGUUCCAAUUAUACUUGGUAGACCUUUCUUAGCUACUGCAGGUGCAAUUAUUGAUAUGAAGAAAGGUAAGAUUACUUUUGAAGUAGGUGAUGAGAAAUUGGAAUACUCACUUUUGAAUGUUAUGGGUGCCCCUUCUAUGGGAGACACUGUUUUUCAGGUUGAUGUGCUCGAUGAGCUGCAGAACGAGAAACUUCCCUUGAAUCAGAAUGAUGAUGCUCUUGAACAAGUGCUAUUAGGGAAGGAAGAUGAUAAUGGAGAUUGGCAGUCUAAGGAGUAUACCAGGUUACUUAAUGAAGCAAAGGCCAAUCCAAAUCAGAACCCGAUUAGAGAGACAUUGGAAGCAAUGAGUAUUGGGGAGAGUUCUAAGCCUCCCUAG